AUGCAGCAGCAACACAGCAUACAGCAGCAGCUGUUGACUCAGCAGCAGCAAACCACCAAACGUAGCAGCAGCAGCAGCAGCAGCAACAGCAGCAGCAGCAGCAGCAGCAGCAGAUUCUGCUUUGGGGGCAACAGCAGCAGAAUCUACUGCAGCAACGUAGCAGCAACAGGACCACCACCAGCAGCAGCAGCAGCAGCAGCAGCAGCAGCUGCAGCAGCAGCUGCAGCAGCACAUACAAACGCAGCAACAGCAACAGCAGCAGCAGAAGUAACUGCACCAGCAGAAGCAGCAGCAGCAGAAGCAGCAGCAGCAGCAGCAGAAGCAGCAGCAGCAACAGCAGCAGCAGCAGCAGCAGCAGCAGCAGCAGCAGCAGCAGCAGCAGCAGCAGCAUUUUGUUUGUAA